AUGGACGACACACCCGCAUCUAUGGGGUCAAGUCCCUUCAGUAACCUGGAUAUCUGGUUCGAUUGGACAGGAAGCCCGAAUGAUGCAGUGGACGUCUCCAUCGCCAUCGAGGCCUGGUGUACUCCAAAUAUUCGCCUGCCAGUCUUCAAUAUUCACUCUCCAUAUAUGGUAGGGGGUCCAACAUUCUCAAUCGUCCCAAAGAACAAAUCAAAGAGCGAAAGCAAACGCACCGAUGGCGAUGCAUACACAGGUACAGGUGCAGAUGGCGCAUCCGAUACCACACGGCCAUUCACCGAUGCCCCAGUGACACCCAAUAGUUCAAUCAAAAACAAAGGGAAAUACAAGAAAAUCGAAUCUGCCACCAAAUCCAAGUUCGACGCACUCGUCGAUGGAGAUGAAGACAGUGAUGCGUCCGGCACAAAAAGCCUCAUGUUCAGUCCUGGAUCUCCAGAAGAAUCCACCCGCCCAGUGAAUAUCGGCGUCCUUUAUACCCAGGCCGAUACGAGUCUCUCGGAUCUCUCGACUCCCUCCAGGUCCCCGAAUUCUCGUAAGCGUACUGCGACGGCUGCAUCACUUCCUGACUCUAUCCCGGAUGAGGAUCGCGAUGUGAGGUAUGAUGGUGAUGGAAAGGGACAUACUGUGACUGUUGUCAAGCCAAAGCUGGCGUCACCGGGGUCUUCUGUGCAUGUGCCUGUGCCUGUUCCUGUGCCUGUUGCUAAGGUUCCCAGUGACGACAGCAAUGACAGUCCUCUCCGGCAUCGUUCUCGGCCCAUUUCCAUCCCUCGUCCAGCUAGUCUGGAUAUGGAUGUUCUGCCCGAGAGAGUCCCGUUGCCUACUGAUUCGGCUCCUGUUUCUGCGGUGGACUUUCGUCGGCUUGAGAAUAGUGACCUGUUUCAGAGGCAAUUUUCGCCUGGGAAGGAUGCGUCUAGAAACACUGCUCAAGGAAAUGAUGGUGAAGAGGAGGGUUUCUUUGAUGCAUGGGCUUCUCUUGGACCUCAUGAUCAGGACUACUCGAAGCGUACCCCAGAGAUUGAUGAGAAAAAGCAAAAGCUAGAUGCUCUCUCUACCAUUGUUUCCCCCGGAAACUCUUCACAUUUCGGAGGCAAAGAAGACAGCCUUGCUGAUUACGAGUCCGAUAUUUCAUCCGGCAACGAUGAUGAUGAUUGCGGUGGUGUCUUUGGGGUUCCUUUGGCUCGACUGUUCACUCCACGACGUUCAUCUGCACCAAGCUCUAAUGCAGGUGCUCAGCUCAUCAUAAUCGAGAACACCAUCUACAUGCAAACCUCUCCUACUAUAUGGCCCGCCACAUACGAGCUGUCAAUCAAGGUUUCCAUUCAUGUGAGAAAGGGACAAAAUAACUGGUGGGAAGUGGCUCUAACUGGACUGCCUCAACUUUGUCCCGAUGAGUAUGGAUAUCUAUACUUCCGAACCCCACGUGGCCAAGGCAUGGAAUAUCGCACCACGGGGUUCAAGCGAAACAAGAUUGCCGAAAACUACCUCAUUGCUCAAUUUGUGGUCACCCAGAGGUUCCUCGUCCCAUUCCGGACUUGUGACGCCACUUUCUACGGUUUGAUCAAAGACUUCAAGGUCCACCAGCUCAUCCAGACUGAAGUGAAGGAUGAUGAUACCGAUCCAUUGCGAUAUCUUGUCAGCUACCGUGCUCUAUGCUCUAUCGAUUUGGUUCAACGCGACUUUUGGGCGGAGAAGUGUAGCUUCGACCUCUAUAUUCACGGUGGCCCAGACGGUAUGUACACCGGCGAACUCCAGUCAGAUCAAAAUAGUCUUCAGACUUUCAAGCUCGAUAACGGUACCGAUAUUGGCUCUAACAACUGUCAAGUCCGCAUCACAUGCCCCCGUUCAAGUCUGAGCGUGUUUAUGUUGACUUGGGAAACCAGACUGCCAUACCACGCAGCUGUCAGCUGGACACCACAAAUCAAGACCAGGCCGUUUGUCAGCGAGGCAGAGUUGAAACUUCAACAGGAGUUUGCCCUAUUCAAGCUGGAAAGCAAGGGCGUCAUGGAGGCCAACCCUGAUACCCAAGAAGAAGUGCCUCGUGGCGAACCUCCAGAGGACUUUGUCAAGCUUGAAAAGUCAAAUUUGUCUCGCAUGGUGCAGUGGCUGUGGAUUACAUGGGACAUCUUCUGGUUUUUGUUUCAGCUGGUGACCCUUCUGGCAUCUUUCACUAUUAUUUACUCAUGUUCCCUGCGGAAAGGUUCUGGCUUCCUGGCUCAAAUCAGCGGCGGUUACACUCUUUACUGUUCAGAGCAACUGUCCUUUCCUGAUAUACCGGUUCCUGCGCUGAAUUUCACUCCUGAAGAUUGGCCAGUGAUGGAAAAUAUCCCGGUGGAAGUCUUCAAACCAGCAUCGAUUGAUUUGGAGACAGUUGAGGCAAAGAAACUUCAGCCAGAGUCAACUCCAAGUGAGACUGAGCCAGCUACGUUGCCCCCGUUCUCCCUGCGUGACAAUAUUGACUAUUUCCUGGGAUGGAGAGGACCAAUUGAGAACCAGUGA